AGGGCGGAGUGCAGGCGGGAGCGAAGUCUCGCGAGAAGAGGUGGUUGCCGUAGCUGAGCCGUCUGCUUCUGUGUCUGGGGUGCCGCCGCUGUAGUCGCGGACGGUUUGCUGAACCCGUUAGUGGUCCAGAUCGAGACUGACGCCACCGUCAUGUCCCGUUACCUGCGCCCCCCUAACACGUCUCUGUUCGUCAGGAAUGUGGCCGACGACACGCGGUCUGAAGAUUUACGGCGUGAAUUUGGCCGCUAUGGUCCUAUAGUUGAUGUCUAUGUUCCACUUGAUUUCUACACUCGACGUCCAAGAGGAUUUGCUUAUGUUCAAUUUGAGGAUGUUCGUGACGCUGAAGAUGCUUUACAUAAUUUGGACAGAAAAUGGAUUUGUGGACGUCAGAUCGAAAUACAAUUUGCACAAGGGGAUCGGAAGACACCAAAUCAAAUGAAAGCCAAGGAAGGAAGAAACGUGUACAGUUCUUCACGUUAUGAUGAUUAUGACAGAUACAGACGGUCUAGGAGCCGGAGUUAUGAAAGGAGGAGGUCAAGAAGUCGGUCGUUUGAUUACAACUAUAGAAGAUCUUAUAGUCCUAGAAAUAGACCAACUGGAAGACCACGACGUAGCAGAAGCCAUUCCGACAAUGAUAGACCAAACUGCAGCUGGAAUACCCAGUACAGUUCUGCUUACUACACUUCAAGAAAGAUCUGAAAGCGGAAAAAGAACCAAAGAAGGGCAGUUCAAGCGACCAAAGGGUGGGUGGAAGGUGCUGCAGUAUGAAUACUGUACGAAUAUUUUGACUGGUAUGAAAAGAUAAAAGAAUUAUCGAAAACUACAUGGAAUAAUUGAAGUCCCUUCAAGUUUGAAAGUAAGCAUUUUAGGACAAAUAAAAGGAAAUUCAACUUUGUACUUGUGGAAACUAAUCCCUAAAUAUGAACAGGUUUAUAUUGAUUUAUGGGUAACAGGUCCAUAAUUUAUUGAAAACUAGGAUGUCUGAGUAUCAAGGAAGACAGCCAUAGUCUCUUACAGUGCCUCUAUUGGUCUGUCUCAAACUGAAUUGGGCGGGAAAGGUAUGGUCCAAUGUAAACUUUCUCUUGAUUAUUUCUUAAGUCAUUUCCAUUUAUGCCAUUUUUGGCAAAUCUUGCCUUUGCUUAUUCUGGUGCCAGUGUUUUCUGCUUAAUUGUUUGCGUUGUUGGCAUCUGAGUUUAUUUACUUGUAUAUCACAUACAGUUUACAUUACCUUAAACCACUCACUUUCCCAGGUAUAGUCCCAUUAUACUUGACACCUAGCUGAGAGGGCCCAUCUCUUCUCACCCUCUUCCCUAGUCAGUAUGUCAGUGCAUACUUAAUGGAGCCCUUGCUACGGGCAAAACAUUGUACUGGAUAACUGGGGAGAAUAAUAGAUAGUUCUUUUAUUCCAUAAUGUCUACUGAGCACAAUCUAAUCAUUGCAAUAUGGCCUUAUUGUUGUGAGGUAUUAUUAUCCAGUGUUUUGCACCACUCAUAUAAUGUAAUUAUAAACCCAAUAUACUAUCAGAGAUAACUAAUUUUAUGGUUACCUGCCAUUUAAAAAAUAUCCAGUAUUUUGUUUGCAUCCCAUUAAUAUGAAUAAUGAAAAAUGUUUUAAUCUGUAAUAAAUUCAUUUACUUUGCUGUGACUGUAAUAUACUAGAGUUAUAUUAAUUGUUAACUCUGCCUCAUUCACACACAUAAUAGGAAAAGAGAUCCCCAAAAAUAAGUAUUUAAUUUUGCAAUACAUGUUCAGGAGGCCCUGGGUGCUAUGAUUAGAUUAUUUUGGGGAAGACAACUGUUAUCCCAUCUGAUUUAGUAUGUUCUGUAAUUGAGAAAAUGUUUGCCAGAUUAUACUUUUCAGUGAUUUACAUGUGCAUUUUGUAGGGGACUUGUUCUGUGUAUAGUGAAUAAAUAACUUUUAUAGUGUUACAAAAUGUUCUGGGUUCCUUAGUUCCUUAUUAGAAUAUAUGAGAUUUAUCAUAUGAUUCCAUCUCAUUUGAUUUUUGUCACAUUUCUGCCACAUAUUUUAAAACUUACCUAAAAUAUGGAAGUAAGAGUUUGAGCCUUUAUUUUACAAGAGUUUCAAAAGUAUAAUAGAAUGCACAUAACUGAAGGGAGGUAUUAAAUGUAGGUAUUUAUAUCCUCAUGUAAAAAAAAAUUUUUUUUUUCCUAACUGCCAAGGGUCCCAAAAGCGAUAAAUACUAGGUUAGGGUUGGUAAAUUCUGAUUCAGCUUUGCUUAUUUUUAAUCAAGUUAGUAAAUGUUUUAAUAGCUUUAUUUUCAUAGAGAUAAUAAAACUGAUAAGGAAUCUAGAGUUAGAGAAGAUUAUGGAUUCCGUUACAAAAUGUAUUUGAUAUUAGGUGAUCAUUAGCAUUGAACUGGUAGCUUUUUCUGGUAAAGGUUGUGUGUUUUUUUUUUUUUUUUAAACAGUACCUUUGCAAGUCACAGAUGUUUGAUUCUCUACCUCCCUUGUCCAUUUCCUGUUGACUUGAGGUUAAAACAUUUCAGGGGGGAGAAUUAAGUUAAUACUAGUAGAAAUUUUUUUUUGAAAACUGGUGAAUACAUAUAGUAUUGUCCUUAGCCUUUGAUUUUUCUUGAUGGAAAGUAUUUUGUUCAUUUAUAAAUACAAUUAACAGUACUUGAUCUUUAAAGUUUUAAACGUGAUAAAUCAGAAAAAGGCCCUUGUGGUUUUGGCACCUGUCAAAAUGUGUGUUGUUUCAGUGUUACCUUCUGUGGUUGUUACUUUAUAUAUUGAAAAGGCUGUCAGUGUUACUAAGCACUUAAUGUGCUAAGCCAUGUGCUUUCCAGGGACUCCUAUUUAAUCCUAAAAACACAUCUGGGAAAUGGAUACUAUUGUUUCAUUAAUGAGAAAGUUUUCAUUUAUGGAGUACCUACUGAAUAGUAGGCUUUUGCAUAUACUAUUUCAUUCCUCAAGUUUUAUCUCUUUUUAGAGACUUUUGACCAUGUGCCUGUUGGACUAUCCCUGAAAUUAUUAAGGCUUUCAUUUGAGCAGUAGUUGAGAAUAAUCUAAUGACAUUCUGUUAAUAGGGUCAUCAGGCCAGGAGUGUAAUAUUCUCAUGCGAUGGUUGAUGGCUUGAUAAAUAGUUGAAAUAAGUAGCCUGUUUGUCUUUAGCUAUUGCUUCUUACAAGGCAUUGUGCUAGUCAUUAUGGAAAGGGCUCCUUCUCUUGGGUCUUUGCCUCAUCCUUUUAUCAGUGUUAUCUUUAUAUUUGUGUACCUGUAAAAUCCUUUCAUCAUUGUGUUAAAGAUGGGGAUUUUUUUGGAAUAAAAAAUGAGGCAUGUAAAUUCAUUUCAUUGAUAAUUGACAGUUUGUAAAGACAAAAGGCCUUUGUAUUUAGUUUUUUUGCAGAUCCCAUUUCUCUGAUUGCUGGAGAGUGAAAUAAUAAACUGGUCUAGGAGCCAAGAAAA